AUGGGCAAGAGCAAAAUAGACCAGCCAGAUGCUGGGCUCAAGAGUCUGAAUCACUAUUCGCGCCAAUUACCACUCUGGCGCUAUUGGCCACGACAGAAGCUCAUCCCACUGAUCCGAUAUGAGACGCCAUAUCUGGCCUGGGUGCAGGAGAAAGUGCGCACGCCGGCACUCGACUCAUAUUUCGCGUUCACGGCCAACCUCGGCACACACACGUUUUUCAUGGUCUUCUUGCCCUUCCUCUUCUGGUGUGGUUCUCCUAGCAUUGGUCGCGGAUUGGUACACAUCUUAGCAUCAGGCGUCUUUUGGAGCGGCUUCCUGAAGGACUUAUUGUGUCUUCCACGGCCUCUGUCUCCCCCGCUACAGCGAAUUACAAUGUCUGGCUCUGCAGCCCUAGAAUAUGGUUUCCCCUCGACACAUUCGACAAACGCAGUUUCAGUUGCGGUUUAUGCCUUGGGCUUGCUUAGUUCGCCCGAUUCAACUCUCAGCGCGCAAGUCACCCUUGUGCUCCAAGCAGUCACCUAUAUCUAUGUUGUGUCCAUCGUAGUGGGCCGACUAUACUGUGGCAUGCAUGGAAUGCUAGACUGUAUCGUCGGGUGCGUCAUGGGCGCUGCGAUCGGCCUCGUGCAGUUCCAUUAUGGACCUGUCUUCGAGGAUUAUCUCUUAUCCACCUCCUUGAUGGGAAUCUCUCUUCUGGCGAUUCUGAUCAUAGGUCUUGUCCGCAUCCACCCAGAGCCGGCGGAUGAUUGUCCGUGUUUCGACGAUAGUGUUGCCUUUGCAGGAGUUAUGUUAGGCGUGGAUGUGUCGUCAUGGCACUUCGCCGAUGUCUGGACCGGUUAUCCUCCCGGGUCAAUUCCUUACGACCUUGACAAGGUGGGCUGGAUCAAAACGGGUCUCCGCCUGGUAGUGGGUGUGGCAUGUAUCUUUGCUUGGAGGACUGUGAUGAAGCCUGCUUUGUUGCGCAUCCUCCCACCUAUUUUCCGGACCUUGGAGAAGCUCGGCCUUCUUUUACCUCGGCGGUUCUUCACCACUGCUUCGGAAUACACCACCGUUCCAACUAACCUGAAGGACCAUGACGUUAUCCCUAACUUCUCUGACUUUUCAAACAUCAUCACCACGAUGCGCCAUCCGCGCCGCCGAGCCGUAUCCAUUGGGCCUCAGUCCGAGGCCGACGCUUAUGAGACCCUGGCGUACCGCGAAAAGCGUCGACGUGAGAGCCAGUCUGGCAAUCGUGCUUCGCCAGUGAUAGAAGGCCAGGUUCAGGUCAACGGAUCGCCUCUGCCGUCGAGAAAGACGACUAGGCUGGAUGAGUAUGAAGACAUGAUGGGCAGAGGCAGUCCCAGAUCGACCGCAGUGGAUGUAAACUCCGAUAUACAGACAAUACCUUUCCCUUCGCUAGACGCCGACGCUGGAAGGCGGGAUGAGAAGGAAGUGUUCUCCCAGAUCAAGAAGCCUCGCGUGCGGUACGACGUCGAGGUGGUGACUAAACUGGUUGUGUAUGCGGGUAUCCCAUGGGUGGUCAUCGAAGUCGCGCCUUUGUUAUUCGACCGAAUCGGACUUGGAAACCGAUAA